AUGCAUGUUGGACCGGUUGGGAGUGUUCAUAAUAAGGCUAGAGAAGCUGCUACAAAUUUGAUGAAUCGAAAUACACAUAUUGAAACGGCAGUGAGCAAACACUCCGACCAAGCUCGUAAGGCUUAUCGCACAUGCUUGAAUGCAUCAAUCAAGUGCACUAAGUUUUUAUUGCGACAAGGUCUUGCUUUUCGUGGCCAUGAUGAAAGUGCCACUUCAAGCAAUAUGGGAAAUUACUUGGAGCUAUUGCAAUUCCUUGCAGAUAAUGAUGAUAAAGUUAGAGAAGUUGUGAUGGAAAAUGCUCCUGGGAAUCUCAAAUUACUAGCUCCUUGCAUUCAAAAAGAAAUUGUGAAUUCAUAUGCCCUUGAAACACUUGAUGCUAUCAUGGAUGGUCUAAAAGAUAAAUUCUUUUCAAUAUUGAUGGAUGAAGCACGUGAUGUGUCGGUGAAAGAGCAAAUGACUAUGGUAUUGCGUUAUAUGGAUAACAAAGGGCAUGUAAUUGAAAGAUUUGUGGGUAUCCAACAUGUUACUGACACUACUUCAAGUUCACUAAAGGAUGCUAUUGACACAUUUUUUUCUCGCAACGAUUUGUGCCUUUCCAAGCUACGAGGACAAGGUUAUGAUGAUGCUAGCAAUAUGAGAGUGGUUCAUGUGCUUCAAAUGGUUAUUGAUGAUAAUCCCAAUGAAAAUGCGGGUGAAGCAAAUAAGUUAAUGAGAGAAAUACGUAUUUUUGAGUUUGUGUUUCACCUUUUCUUGAUGAAAGCCAUAUUGGGACUCACAAAUGAUUUGUCACAAGCAUUGCAAAGGAAAGAUCAAGAAAUUGUGAAUGCAAUGACUUUAGUGAAAUCAUGCAAGGAAAAGCUACAUUAG